GUGAAAAUACGAUGUAAACCGAAGUACAGCAAAUUGAUGUUUGAUUAAGAUAAAUUCAUUAAAUUUUUAGUUACGUUAAAGUUUUAAAUGAUAUUUUUUCUUUAAAUUUUUUUUGUUAUACAAAAUAUUUGAAAAUGUCCGAUAUCAGUCGUCAAAAUUCUCCGAAAUCGAGUCCUCGCGGUUCGCGAUCUCCGGCAUAUCCUCGUCAGGACACAACUGGAACGUUGAAGACCACGAUCACGUUAGGUAAGAAGCCGUCCGUGUUUCAGGGUGGUACAUUCUAUCUCAUGAGAGAUCCACCAGAACCCAGUGACCUAACCGGCCUAACUAAUCUAAUGGCAUAUCAUGGUCUAGAACAUUCUUAUAACAAGUUCAGUAGUCGAAAGGUUAAAGAAGAGCUCAGUGCUUUUCUACCUAAUUUACCUGGUAACAUCGAUCAGCCUGGGUCUGUUGAUAAUAGUUCUUUGAGAUUAUUGAUGGAAAAACCGCCAAUAGUCGGAAAAGAAUUAAUUCCUUUAUCGGGGAAUGCAUUGAAGGGAUUCAAACUCUAUUCCGGACCUCUUCCAGAGCAGUACCGACUGAUGCACCAGGCUGUCCAACCAAGGAAAAAGCAUAAAAAGAGCAAAAGAGAGGGAAAAGAAACUGGCAUCCCUGAAAGUCAAGGCAACAAUCUAGAUGGUGGCUCUGGUUCUGAAUACAAAAAGAUUAAAAAGAAUAAAAAAACAGAUGAGGAACGGAAGAAAAGGAAAAAAGAGAAGAAGAAAAGGAAGGAGAAAGAGAAAAAUGGCGGCCUGAUGAUACAGCAGCCAAUAAGUUUGGACACUGCUGCUACUGCCAAUAAUUCAAAUCCCGGCAUCAAUUCUUCGUCAUCUUCACUGAUCAAAUUGAGCUAGGCCCCGCUUACGUGUGUGUGCAUGCGUGCGUAUGUUUGUUUGGGUGUGUAUGUUAAAAUCGUCAUGAAGGUGUUAGUGUUUAAAAAUUAUUCUACUCCUUUUUGAAAGUCACCAACAGGGAAUUUUUCUUUGUUCAUUAGCUUAUACUGUAUAUUUAGUUUGUAACUAUUGGAAUAUAUGGAACUGUAAAAUUAAACUCUUUCGCAGAUGUGUUUUUAAAUGGUUUUUAAAACAAAAUAAAUGAUUUCU